UGCCGGAAACAGGAACCGGAAGCAGCGGAGACAUAAACAAAGUCCUCUAGGAGCACCCUGCAGUCGGCGCGGCUCGUCCUAACCGCAAAAUGGGGAACACCAGCAGCGAGCGGCCCGGUCCCCUGAAAGGGCGCAGGGACAGCAGCGGGGGCGCCACGAAGGGAGAUGACAGGGCCAAGAUUCUGAUGGACAGCCCGGAGGACGCGGACAUGUACCCGGCCGAGGAGAACAAGGCUCCCAUGGAAAAGGAUGAAUUCCUAGCAUGGCAACAUGAUUUAGAAGUAAAUGAUAAAGCACCAACUCAGGCACGACCAACUGUCUUUCGCUGGACCGGAGGCGGGAAAGAGAUUUACUUAUCUGGGUCAUUUAAUAAUUGGGGGAAAAUACCUCUUAUUAGAAGCCACAACAACUUUGUUGCAAUAUUAGACCUUCCAGAAGGUGAACAUCAGUACAAGUUUUUUGUAGAUGGCCAGUGGACUCAUGAUUCUGCUGAGCCAGUAGUAACCAGCCAGCUUGGCACUAUAAACAAUGUCAUUAACGUGAAGAAAACAGAUUUUGAAGUGUUUGAUGCCUUAAUGGUUGAUUCUCAGAAAGGCUCUGAUUUAUCAGAGUUGUCCAGCUCACCGCCUGGUCCAUACCAACAAGACCCAUAUAACUGUAAACUAGAAGAACGUUUCAAAUCGCCUCCUAUCCUCCCACCACAUCUACUUCAAGUAAUCCUUAAUAAAGACACUGGUAUUUCAUGCGAUCCAGCUUUGCUCCCAGAACCAAAUCAUGUUAUGUUAAAUCACCUAUAUGCCCUCUCCAUCAAGGAUGGAGUGAUGGUGUUAAGUGCUACUCAUCGUUACAAGAAGAAAUAUGUAACCACAUUACUGUAUAAACCAAUAUGAGCUGCAUCCAUAGACUGUACUCACUGAUAAUUACGCCUUUUCCACUUUUUUUUACGUAUUAAAUAAUUGCGAAAUAA